AGAGAAACUUGAACGAAGAUCCUAGUGGGGCAUGCGGCCACCGUAGCACAUGGAAAUGUCUGUAGAAGACCUUCAGGGGUCAUGUGACUGGACUGUGAAGUCAUGUGAGCAGCUGCUGCUCCAGUCAUCAGCCGGGGCCGUGUACCACAUGGAGAAUUCGGCUGAGGACAACGCUGGUGGAGGGGGAGGAUCUAACGACCUCCAUUUUCCAGCAGAAGAGACCUUACAUAUGACUGAUGUCUCCCUGUCUGGCCCUGGACAGGCCAUGUUUGAAACUUCUGAAGUGGAAAGUGUUACAGAGACUAGUAAAUCUGCUGCCAUCUUGGCUGAAGCCACCUUGUUGUCUCAGGACUUCUCUCAGCUUGCAGAGUCGGGUAUGCCGGAACUUCACGGUCACGCUCAAAGCAAUUCAGACGUGAUCUUAGCAGACCAAAUAUCCAUCAGGCUUGACGAUGGCUCCUGUCAAGGGAAAAAGGACAGCCUCUCAUGUCCCAUUUGUCAAAAUCAAUUCACGUCACCCAGUGAACUAAAGGAACAUUUUAAAAGUCACCCCCCAGCACCCCAGGACUUCAGAUGCUGGCAGAGGGGCUGCUCGUUCACCGCUCAGGACCUCAAAAGGUUCCAGUCUCAUCUAAGGAGGGAACAUAAAGUGACUGCAGUGACUUGUUCUCAUCGCAGCUGCCGCCUGAUUUUCCCCAACCGGGAGGAGAUGUCCCGACACUUUCGUAACCAUUUUCCUUUCCAUUGUGUUCACUGUGACUUUGUCAGCUCCAACACCAAGCUGUUCUCCCAGCAUCAGAAGGGCCAUUGUAGAGACGCGCAGUCAUCACCAAACUUUGACUCCAUACAGUCACCCCCAAUCAAAGGUCGUACAGCAGAAGCAGCAACGGAUAUGCUGAGCAACAGUUCACUGCAGUGUAAUAAACGAGCUGAUGUUGGUACCACACUGGCCAUCAAACGUAAGAAGCGUGGAAGGAUAGAAAAGGCAGACCCCGAGAGCAGCAGUGAGGAGGAAAAUGAAUGUGAUUCUAUCGGCAAGAAAACAGCAAGAACACGGAGCUCCCAUACCGACAAAAAGAGAGCGACAGGAGAUGUAGAGAAUGGUGAAGAGCACUUGUUUAAGACCCACAUGUGCCCCGAAUGUAAGCGCUGCUUUAAGAAGAGGACUCACCUGGCUGACCACCUCCACCUGCACUUCCCUGACCCGAACCUGCAAUGCCCAAACUGCAGUAAAUUCUUCACCAGCCGCAGUAAGCUGAAGAUCCACAUGAUGAGAGAGUCGGGCGAAAAGGCCCAUCGCUGCACAUUGUGCGACUACAGCUCUGUGGAAAAGAACGCUCUCAAUCGUCACAUGGCAAGCAUUCACGAGGGGGUGUCUAACUUUUAUACGGACACCUACUCCUGUCCAGUGUGCCAGGAGACGUUUAAACUGAGCCAGGCUCUGAAGGAUCACAUGAAAGGACACAAACCCGAGCAGACGUUGCUGUUUUGCUUUGACCCCGGAUGCGAUCAGGCCGUGUCCGACCGCAAAGAGUUUCUGCGGCAUGUGAAGGAGUCUCAUGGCAUCCAUGCUGUAGAAUGCAGGUACCAUGCUUGCUCCAUGCUCUUCAAGUCCCGUGAGGAGAUGGAGGAGCAUCGCAAGAACCAUUAUGCCUUUCACUGCCAAGAUUGCGACUUUGUCUGUUCCAACAAACACACCUUCCGCAAGCACAAGAAACGCGGGCACCCGGGCAAGGAAGAGCUGGUGUGUCGCUUCUGUCCUUAUAAGAGUUUUAACCCGGUGGAAUAUGCUGACCACGUGGGCAAGAUGCAUGCCAAUGAGAAGAUUCAUCGCUGUGGAGAAUGUGAUUUUGCUACUGCCCACAAGAGGGUACUGAUACGACACAAGUUAUUACACACAGGAGAGAAGCCUCACAAAUGCAGCCAGUGCGACUUCAUGUGUCGGGACUUGAGCUACCUAUCUAAACACAUGCUGACGCAUUCCACGAACAAGAACUACAUGUGUACGGAAUGCGGAUACAUCACCAAGUGGAAACAUUACCUGAAUGUACACAUGCGGAAACACAGCGGAGAUCUCAGGUAUCAUUGCAGUCAGUGUUCGUAUCGCUGCCACCGUGCCGACCAGCUGAGCAGCCACAAGCUCCGACACCAGGGGAAGACUCUGAUCUGUGAAAUCUGCGGGUUUGGAUGCAAGCGCAAGAGUGAGCUCCAGAAACACAUGCAGGUCAAACAUUCCCAGAGCACUCAAAUACCCAUCUACCAGUGCCAGCACUGCAACUACCAGACGAGGUACAAGCAAACGUUGCGUAACCAUGAGAACGGCAAGCACACCAAGCACCGCGAGUUCCGCUGCGCUCUCUGCCCCUUCCGCACGUUCAGCAACACAAGCCUGUUUUUUCACAAACGCAAAUCGCAUGGGUACGUACCCGGUGAUAAAGCGUGGUUGGAGAGGUACGCUAGCAAGCAGCAAGAGAUCAACAACGCCGACCUGCUAUUUCCAUACAAAACUGAAGCGUCGGAGACUCUUACCAACCAACAACCUUCCUCUGGUGAUCAACAAGCUCAGGAACAUAACUGUGAGGAACUAGAUAGCAACAUUGAGGAAAAUAUGGAUUCUGAGGCAGCUCAGUGCCUGCAGGUAGAAGGUCUUACUGAGCCAUCCGGAGAUGCUAACAUGUCAGUAGCAGAGGAAUCUUUAUUGGCAGAUAUUACUCUAGAACCCGUUGAAACUUGCAGCAUAGAAAUGGAAGACUUCCCAGUACAACUGGAACUAGCCACAUCCAACGAGCUCAUGAUCAAAGAGCCUGCUGUGGAAACCUUAGUUACCUGUGAAGACCCUCUUCCAGAACAAACAGAAAUCCUGUGCUUCUCGGAGACCUUGACCGUUGACGACCAUAUGACCUGUGGGCAGGAUUUCGAAGAAGAAGCUGAACCUCAGGCUGAAGAUCAACACAAGCUUGAGAACGAAGUGUGUGUAACCACUGUCCACUAUAGCCCUGAGCCAGUCUUGUGUGAAAUUAGUGACCAAUGUGAAGAGCUUCCUGACCACGUGAAUGGCAAUCUCGAAAUCCAGCCUGGAGACAUCUCGGUUGAAGUACAGGAGUCCUGGGCCGAUGUCGUAAAGGGCGGAGUACAGCUGACCAUUGUAUGCGAAUCGAGCGGACUUAGCGAGAGCAACCUUCAGGUGGUGGAACCUCCUGCUGUCUGUCCGGACGAAAGCUAUGAUAAUAGCAGACCGGAGUCUAUACUGAAAGCCUUAAGAAAACAGGACAAAGAGCAAGCAGAGACGCUCGUCCUGGAGGGAAGAGUCCAAAUGUUGGUAGUGCAAUCCAAAAGUCAGGUUUACCGAUGCGAAAAGUGUUCUUACAUCACCAAGAAAAAGGCGUGCAUUGUCCAGCACUCCAAGAAUGGUUGCAGCUUGCGCAAAUCUGCUUUGAUGUGCCAGGAUUGCGGAGCUAGCUUUAAACAACAAAGAGGGCUCAAUACUCAUGUUCUUAAGAAGUGUCCAGUAGCAUUAAAGAAGAAAAGAGCUGGAGGUAAGGCAACUACAUCAUUGAAGACAAUGGGUCAGAGUGCGAACCUCCAUCCGGUUGAUGAUUACAUGAAUGUUGUGUCUUCUGAGGAAGUUAUUCCUCAAGAGUCCAGCUUGCCUGAAGACUGUUUAAAAGCCUCAGGACAGUUAUCUGCAUGUCAGGAGCUGGUGCAAGAUCAUAUCAAAGAAAGUCUUCCAGAUAGAACAGAAAGUAAUGAGCACAAUGCCAGUGAGCUCCCCUCAGAGACUCUAAGGGACCAGAGAAAUGCUUUUUCUGUGCUAGAGGAAAAGGAAAAAUACCGCUUUGAAAAUGGAAAGUUCAGAUGCUUAUUUUGCUCUUAUUCCUGCUCCAGGGAAUGUACUAUUAACUGCCACGUGACCGAGAACUGCCGGGAGGUCAAAAGGAUAUCCUGCACCCUCUGCGGAGCUGUUCUACGCUCAGAAACGGCAUUAAAAAAGCAUAAUUGCACAAAGCAUAAAAGCCUAAACAGCAAUCGGAAUAAAGAAUAUGAAUGUGGAAGUUCUGGAGGAGAGGGCGGUCCAAAUACAGAGGAAGAUCGAGAACUGAAUGACAGCGUAGAUUCUUGCAAAGCUGCAAUUGAAUCUACAGGCACCUGCAAACUUUCGUGUCCCACCUGCCCCUUUACAUGUACCCAGGAGCGGGCCAUGAGAACACACAAAAAAAAAGGUUGUUUAAAACCAGGGGAGCUCCAGUGCCCGCUCUGCUCGUUUCGGUGCAUGUCGGUGGCGGCGCUUAAACGGCACCGAGACCUUCACCAGAAGUAUUCUCAAAGCAGAACGCAUCUGCAAUGCAAGCUGUGCGACUUCACUUGUAAGCAGCCACGAUGCUUGAAGCAGCACGUGCGGAUCCGCCACGAAGGUGUUAAACCUCACCGUUGUAAAUACUGCGACUUUAGCACCACUCGGCGCUACCGCCUGGAAGCUCACGAGUCCCUUCAUACUGGGGUUGGCCGGAUUUCCUGCAAUGUCUGCAAUCGAACCUUCGGCACGAAUUCUAAACUGCGGCUGCACCAGCGAAGAGUCCACGAGAAGAAACCCACGCACUUUUGCAACCUGUGCGAUUACAGCGGCUACAGUCAGAACGAUAUUGCUCGGCACUUGAGCAGCUGCCACAGCGGCGAACUGGUUUUCCCGUGCAAGGUGUGUCAAGCGAGUUUUAGCUCUGAGGCGGCGCUGAAGCAGCACAGCCUGCGGAAGCACCAGGAGAAGGAGACAUACGAAUGUUCGCAGUGUCUGUUCUCCUGCCACAGCCAGGCCACGCUCCGAUGUCAUGUUCAGAAGCAACACCUACAGCUGGAGUGUGCCAUCUGCAAGGAGACUUUCUCUCGCCGGCAGGACCUGGAGGAACACCGCAAAUCUCACUUUUCUCACCACUGCCAGCAGUGCCAGUUCGCGGCGAAAGACCGGCAGCAGCUGGUAAACCAUUAUGCGGAGGUGCACGAGUCCUCUGCGCUGCCUGGUGCAGAGGCGGAGGAAGAUCCCCUGCACUGCCCUUUCUGCUCCUUUUCUUGCCGUCAUCAGUUGGUGUAUGACCACCAUGUCAAGGGCCAUGGGGCCACGCGGGUCUACAAGUGUUCAGACUGCAAGUACAGCACCAGGAAUAAGCAGAAGAUCACCUGGCACAGCCGAAUUCAUACCGGCGAAAAGCCUUACAAAUGUCACCUCUGCACCUACGCCUGUGGCGACCCUUCACGUCUUAAGUAUCAUAUGCGCAUACACAAGGACGAAAAGAACUACCUUUGUCCCGAGUGCGGAUACAAGUGCAAGUGGGUGAACCAGCUGAAGUAUCACAUGACCAAACACACAGGUUUGAAGCCAUACCAGUGCGAAGAGUGCAGCUACUGCACCAACAGAGCCGACGCGCUGCGCGUCCACCGGGAGACCCGUCACCGCGACGUCCGCUCCUUCAUCUGCGAGCAGUGCGGCAAGGCAUUUAAAACUCGCUUCUUGCUGAAAACGCACCUCAAGAAGCACAGCGAGGACAAGCCGUACGUCUGCAACGUGUGCCAGCGCGGCUUCCGCUGGCCGGCAGGCCUGCGCCACCACUACCUCACCCACACCAACCAGCAGCCUUUCUUCUGCCAGCACUGCUCAUACCGGGCCAAGCAGAAGUUCCAAGUGGUGAAGCACAUACAGCGGCACCACCCCAACCAUCUGGACGUGGAGAAGGGGGUGGGGAAGGAGCCCUACCUGUUCUCCAUACAGGGACAUGACUCCGUGUUUCAGCAGACGCCGGAGUGCCAGGUGGACGUUCUAUCCGGAGAAGCACUUUAGU